UCUGUAUUCAGAUUUAUUGCCCUGUAGGAGUGUGUUUUUGGAGCCUCUAAAUUUAUGUUCUCUAUUUAUACACCCAGUCCCUGUUUUCAGUGGAGAACUUUGUCCAUUACAUGACUGUGUCCUUGGAAAUGCUGAUGAAUGAGGUGCCUCGAAUGAUAGUGAACGUGGUCCAGAUACUGCCGAUGGAGACCCUGAGGGAAGUACAGAAACCCACGCCAGGAUGUCUGCUCCAAAGGUCAUUCUGCUCCUGUCUGGUCAAGCCAGCUGCGGGAUCGGCUGAUCUGAAGGAGCUUGUUGGAGUCAACCUAGAAUUCCAGAAAGCACUGGAGCAGCUCUUGUACACUGACCGCUUCUUUAAGAAUGACUUUGCUGUAGUUUUGCAGCCGUUCCUGAAACAUGCAGAUCCCCCAAGACUCCCUAAUGGGAAGAUUGACAUGAGCUUUUUUACUCCGGACUGUUUCCACUUCACCAUGAAAGGACAUGAGGAGCUAGCCAAGGGACUGUGGAACAACAUGUUUCAACUUGAGGGGGAGAAGUUCAUGGUGGAGAGCUUUUCAAACCCUAUUGAGCUCAUUUGCCCCCCUGUGAGUCAUCCGUACAUUUACACCAGACCCAGUGUUGUAAAAUCAGGCCCAUCACUUCCUGAGAUGCCCCAGUCAGCUGGCAUCAGACUAAUUGUUCUCUACCUCAUCUUGGCUUUCCUUCCACUGUGGUUGGCUGUUAAUCUGGCCUCCUUGUAGGACAUCCAUAUGGAGUAUUGUGGUACAUCAUGUCUGCCCACCCAAUGUCCUACUUUGGCUGGAUAUCAUUGCUUUGAUGGUCUCUGAAGCAUUGAGGAUCUGUUCUGUGACUUGAGCCACUGCAGGAUGAUCUAUGGUAAAACUGAUAAUGAGGGAGUAAAAGAUAAACAAGUUAUCAAAGAUGAACAGGAAACUGGAGUUGGCUAAAUAUGAAGACGUGGUUACAGUCAAUAUUAUAUUUAAUUGAGUUGCAAUGGAAAUGGGAAUAUUGAAACCUCAGAAUAGAAAAAUAUAUGCUCAUGUGAUAACCUUUUUUUGAUAUACCAAACCAAAAUAGCACAAGAGCAGGUGCAAAGCCACUUUUAGCUUACGUAAUGUUGCUAUAAUAAAUUUAGGUAUGAAAGGUAACUGUGUAAGCUAUUUCCGGAUGUUUUGAAUAAAAUGGCCAGAGGUCAUCCUGUAAACUCAUUAAGCCUGUGAAGAUAAAAGAAUUGAUUGUUGUGUGAGAACAACUGUUUUGCUUCGAGAGUAUGGUGAAAGUAAACCGUUUGAGAGCUUCUUCAUGCCCACAGUAUUACGAUAAUUGCUUUGGAUGCUGCAACAUGAGAAGUGCUUUUGGUCUUCUCAAAUAAAGCUUUCAUUAAGGGCACUUAUCUGUUUUACUUCAAUUUUUUUCUUUGAAAGUAUGUUUUUACUUAAGAUAUGCUUUUUCUGUACAGCUGAAAGUUCUUCCUUACCAAUCAAAGAACCUGUCUUUAUAGUUGUACUUAAAGGUGUUUAGCAGCUCCUAAAGAUUUUUGGAAACAAACAAACAAAUGAUUAUAGUA